UUAUCAUUCAGGAUUUCUCGUACUGAAUGGUUGUAUAUUGUUACUACCAUGGUAUGGACGUGUUUGUGAUAAUUUGCUCGCAUUGAAUAAGUUAGUGAAAAAAAAAAGAAGAUAAAAAUAAAGCUAGAGGCACUAAAUAUACACCAACCGAGCUGAUAAUAGCAAUGAGUAAAUAGUAAUAUAUGUGUGUGAGUAUGUAUAUAUAAUAUAUAUACAAAUAUAAGUGUGCGUUUGUAUAUAUAUAUAUAUAUAUAUAUAUGUAUAUAUGUAUGUGUGUUUGUAUUCAUUUCUAACUUAAUGGAAAUAUAGUAUAUCUGCGUGAGAACCGCCCAGCUUUUAACAACACGUUCUAAACCAUCUGUAUAAAUUUCAUUCAUAUAGACAAACCGUGCUUUAGUUAAACGACACAUAUACGCGUCUAUAAACACAUGCGGAUAAUAUGAUUUAUUAAUCUCAUCGGCACACACCCUCAUGCACACAGCGAAAGCCCGCGUUUAAGGAAGUAUGUGAAAAUGAAAGGACGAACAUGCAACAGAGUAGGAGAGAUAAUAAAGAAAGAGGUGGAUUCUUCAGACACCGGUGGAUUUGCUAGUCUUAUUCGUCGACUUUUAAAAAAAGCCCUCUCUUACCUUUGGACAUAGUCAUUAAAAGUUACUGAAAAAGUACAAAAAGCGAAAGACUGUCACAUCAGACUGGAAUGCGCUCAAAGAAUGGCUGGAAUUACUAGUGUUUCCUUACAAUACCAUCGUUACUGAAUACGUCAUCAUGAAAUUGGAGAAAAUGAUUGCUACAACGUAUGGAAUGCUGAUCCUUGGAUUUGUCAUCGUUGUCUUGGACUUUAUAGUAAUUACGAAGGCGGAAACCGCUGUUGUAGACCUUGAAGAACAGAGUCGAAGAAUUAAAGAAGAAGCAAUAAAAUGUAACGCUGAAUUGAAGAAUUCAACCGAUCGAAGUGAAGAAGUUCUGAAUGGAAGUUACUGUCCAGGGAUAUGGGAUGGAAUAUUAUGCUGGCCAGACACUGAGGCUGGAACGCUGGCGAAUUUGUCAUGUCCUGCCUAUGUUAACAAAUUUAAUACCGACUAUUAUGCAACACGUUUGUGUACAGAAAACGGCACAUGGUUUCACUCAGUAUAUUUGAAACGUUCCUGGACCAAUUAUACCCUUUGCUCAACAAUAAAAAUUCCCAUUGAUUUACUACAGCCGCAUAUGCGAAAUUUGGAAUUGCUAUACGAGAUUGGCUAUGGACUUUCGUUGGUAUCUUUGUCGAUUGCUGUUGUCAUUAUGGUCUAUUUUAGGCGACUUCACUGUCAGAGAAACACGAUACAUAUCAAUCUCUUCAUAUCUUUCAUCUUACGAGCUGCUUUUUCUUUCAUGAAAGAGAGACUACUAGUAGAAGGUGUCGGUUUCGCUUCUGACGUUCGUGAAACAAAAGAUGGUAUUGACUUCAUUGAAGAAGGAUCGCAUUGGCAGUGUAAGCUAUUUUUCAUCAUAUUCCACUACUUACUCGGUUCGAAUUACAUGUGGAUAUUUGUCGAGGCCCUCUACCUGCACACUCUUAUAUCUAUAGCAGUUUUCUCCAAAACAAGUGGAACAGUAUGGUACAUCAUCUUUGGAUGGGGGGCGUCUAUAACGUUUGUACUAGCGUGGGUCAUUGUUCGCAUCACGAAGGAAAACACACUAUGUUGGAAUACUAAUCCGACGCCAGCUUAUUUCUGGAUAAUGCGUGGACCAAUCCUACUGUCCACCGUCAUGAAUUUCAUUUUCUUUUUAAAUGUGGUGAGAAUACUGUUCACUAAACUUAAUGCUGCUAAUUCCCCUGAAGCUCAGAAAUUUAGAAGAUUAGCGAAAUCGACAUUGGUAUUAAUUCCUUUGUUUGGCAUCCAUUAUAUAGUAUUUGGUGGAAUACCUGAUAGCUUGGAUACAAAGACUGAGUUGGUUAAACUAUACUUCGACAUGUUUUUCAAUUCUUUACAGGGUUUCUUUCUGUGUUCCUUUCUGUGGAAAAAUUUUACAUCAUAUGCUGUUGAUAUAUUUAUUACUAAAUGGCAAUAUAGACAAUGGUACUUGACAGUUCUUGACUCAAAACUCUUUUAA